AUGUCGAAAGAACACAAUUUUCAACGCCUGAUCCGCUUCAUAGACCAUAACGGACAAGAGAGCCAUGGUGAUCUUCCACUGGGCAUAGCCACUGACAUGAUUGAAGGCUCCACUGUUACACUUCUCACGGGAAAUCUGGAAUUUGGUUUCUUGAGGACUUCUGAAACAGGGGUUGUCACCAAGCUACUAUGUCCGCUUGAGAGAACAAAUAUCAUUCAUUGCAUUGGACUGAACUAUCAACACCACGCGACCGAAGCAAAGAUGACCGUUCCAAAGCACCCGGUUGUUUUUACCAAACCAGCAGACGCACUAACGGGACCCUUUGAUGACAUACACGUUCAUCCGGACGUGCAGAAUCAAAUUGAUUACGAAGGCGAGCUCACUGUUGUCAUUGGCCGCGACGCUAAGAACGUUCGCACAGAGGAUGCACUGGAUUAUGUGCUGGGCUAUACAUGUGGCAACGAUGUCUCUGCACGAGACUACCAAGUUCCGGCCGAUAUCUCCGGCGGCCAGUUUAGUUACGCAAAAUCAUUCGAUCAGUUUGCUCCCAUCGGGCCCUGCAUUACAUCAACCAGUGUGAUACAGGACCCUCAGACACUGAACUACGUAACCAAAGUCAAUGGGGAAAUAAGACAGAGUACAUCUACUGCAGAUAUGAUUUGGAAUGUGAAGCAAAUUAUUGCGCAUUUGAGUCGAGGGACCACUUUGAGACGAGGAACUUGUAUUAUGACGGGUACACCAUCAGGAGUAGGCAUCUGGAUGAACCCGCCAUCAUUUUUGAAAGAUGGUGAUGUGAUCACAGUGGCCAUUGAAAAUAUUGGAUCCAUUACAAAUACGGUAGUUUUUGACUAG